AAUAGGCAUAUUAUUAAUAGUCCACGGCCUCGUAUCCGCGUCAUGCAGUUACUCGUCAUGAAGGUCGCUGUGUUCAUUUGUCUGCUGAGUGCGGUUGUUUUGGGUCAAGAAGGUACCGGAGGAGGGACGGGUCAUGGUCAUUUACCCGGGCACACGAAGGUUGUGGCUCACACCCCAGACCUCACUUCACCCAUCUUCUUCACGGAUGCCCAUAUGCACGCUCUGGUCAUGAAGACUUCGUCGGGCUGUUACAUUGAGCACGUGAAGCAGGACUUGUCCACAGCUGAGGGCGAGGUUCUCAAAAAUUUAGAGCUUCAGCAGAUACGAGCCGUGCGCACAGCUACCACUUUCCUCCAGGUCGUUGCCCUGAAUGCCCUAUCUCACUUCAGCUCCCAUAUCCAGUCGGCUUGUAGACACACGCAUUUGUAUCACUGGGAAUAAAGUGUACC